AUGGGAUCUUAUUCAAAAUUAAAAGCUGGUAUAACCUCAACAGUUUUUGCAAUCGGAUGUGCCGGCGUUACUCUUUUGGUAUUAAAAUAUAAAUUAAGACAUAGAAACGCAGCUGAGGCUUUAUCGUAUUUAAAUAAUAAAAUAGUCACAACAGAAGAAGCGUGCAAUGAAGUUAUAUAUGAAUUACGCAGACAGAUUAAAUUGCACAAGGCGGUGGGAUUUGAUUGUGAAUGGGUAACAACACAAGGUAGAAGACAACCUGUGGCUUUAGUUCAGCUAUCUUCAUUUGAUGGUUAUUGUGGUCUGUUUAGACUGAGUCACUUAAAGGAAAUCCCCAGUUCUCUAAAGGAGCUAUUAGAAGAUGAAAACAUAUACAAAGUGGGAGUGGCGCCAUUGGAUGAUGCCAAGUACUUAUUAAAUGAUUAUGGAGUGGCAUUAAAAUCUACACUGGAUUUACGACACAUAGUUGAGUUGUUUGGAUAUGCACCGGGAGGGCUAGCUUUCCUAGCAAAAUCACACCUUCGUAUUAUUUUGGAUAAGAGUUGGAGGGUGCGUUGUAGUAAUUGGGAGGCACAGGAAUUAACAGAAGCCCAAGUGAAAUAUGCAGCUGCCGAUGCACAUGUUGCUAUCAAGAUAUUUGUAAAUAUGAUUAAUGAACGAAAUUGGUCCUUGUGGUCUUGGUUGCGAGGUUCUAAUAAUAACAACAUUUGGCGCGAUCUCAAUGAAGUCUAUUGGAAGUAUGCAGACGUUAGCUUUAAAACUAAGCAGAAAGCUAAGUUACGGAGUGAAUUAAUGCACAAAGAAAGGGAAGGGAAGGAAAUUAAAGAAAACUUAUUAAGCAAACGUUACCCGCACGCGACACGGAGCAAACCUCUAUAUCACAACUGCUUCUUGCAAGCUCCGGAUGGGGAGUUAUUAUGUACCUGUGACACUAAAAAGGCUGAAUGGUACGUUGAAAAAGAAUUGGCAGAUAUAGUGGUCAAAGAUCCCCUCACAGUUCGUCUAAGGUUUGAGCCAGCCGGGCGCUCCGUGGGCGACGUGGGCCGAUACUACCAGCUCACUAAAGAAAACAAAUGCGUAGUUUGCGGCAGUAACAACUCGUACAUUCGGAAGAAUGUUGUGCCCAGGGAGUACAGGAAGUAUUUUCCAGAAAUAAUGAAGGAUCACUCGUCCCACGAUGUGGUCUUGCUGUGCGUGGAGUGUCACCAGCGCAGCAACAUGCGAGACCAGUCUGUGCGCGAACAACUUGCGGCGCAGUGUGAGGCGCCCUUAAGUGUGCACGGUGAGGGCAAGUACAAGGAGGACCCGGAGUUUAAGAAAGUGCGGUCCGCCGCUCGGGCACUUCUGUACCAGUCUAGAAAACACGUGCUGCCUGAGACGAGACGGAACGAGUUGGAGAAUGUCAUACUGCAACACUUCCCAGAACAUGACAAUAUUACAGAGGACUUAUUGAAGGAAGCUGCUGAAAUGCAAGUUGUUUUUGAGAACAUAGAUUAUGAGUCUCACGGCCACAAAGUGGUGGAAUACUUUCUCAAGCACGACGGUCUGCUACAACUGGAAGAGAUGUGGAGAGUUCACUUUUUACAUUCAAUGAAACCAAAAUACAUGCCCGAGUUAUGGUCAGUCAAGCAUAAUGAAGAAAGACUGAAAGUACGAUUAAAAGAAGGACGCCUAUCUGAAGAAGAUGCAAAGAUCUUGGGACUAUCCAAGUCCCUGUAA